AUGGAACUUGACUUGAACACAUACCCUCGGAAUGAUCAAUUGUACCUGCCUUCAAAACUCGACUAUGAAGCAUUGCUACCGCCUGUAAUCUCCCGAGCUUACAUGGACUAUGCUUCAGAAAAACUAGUACUUACUUACUUCCUCAGAAGAUGUAAAACAAGUUGGCAACUUCUUGUUGGUGGAGAUGCAUAUAGAUGGUAUCUGAAUACUGAGUAUGAGAACUUAACAGGCUGGUGGAGAAUGCAAGCGUAG